AAUAUUUUUCGAAUUUUCUCCUAAUCAGUGAUCUUAUUUGAAUACUAUGCAAAUUAAGUUUUAAAGUACAACAGUAUUUUGACCAUAGCUGUAAGUAUAAACACAGUCCGUGCUUGUGCCAAGAUGGACGAUUUACUGUUUAACUGAGAAACAGGAACCGCGGAGCAGAGGACGGGAGCAACGAGGCGAUGAAUUUUUUGUUUUAUUUGUGUUUGUGCGACUGUGACCGGUCUGAUUAAUUGUGUCCGUAUGACAAAAUCAUAAAACGUUAUUCUUUAAAAAAAAAAAAAAAAACUAAUUGAAGAUUAGGUGAUUCGGCAGAAACCGUGUGGUGCGUUCAGUCACCAGGAAACGCCAAACCGUCGGUUCGUCAAAGUGAAACCGAAAGUUUACUGCUGCCGACCGCCAUGCCUUUCUUUUGCUUUUGUUUUAUUAUAAAUGGCACACUGGCUGCAUCGUGGUGCAGACUGCCACCAUUGUUGCUGAUGGAGUCUGACCAUGGAUGAGGAGUUUGACCCCUACAAUGAGCAUGAGAAUGUGAAAACCGUCUUGGCUCAGGAAUACGAAGAGCUCUUACAUGUCCUGAGCUGUCAGCCCCCAGAGGUUAUUAUGGAAUUGUGCAAGAUACUGCCCAAUAGGGCUGCAUGGACCACUGACCACGGAUUAGCGGCCAACACUGGUUUGUCAGCAGCAGAAGUCAUAACAGCCAUGUUGAAGCAUUUACAAUCAUCGUCAAAUGCUAAGGAGUGCUGCAGUUUUCUACAAAGUUUUUGUCUCAUCUGUGAGAAUAUCCCUAUGCGCCUGGAAUCUAGGCUUAUGUCAGCAGCCGGAAACACAAACAAUGAAAGUCCUGGUCCCAGUGCAACGUACAAGGAGUCGUUGUCUUCACCUAUUGAAGCACAGCAGCUAAACAAACGCCAACAAAUUGAGUUGCCAAGUUACCAAAGCUGUCAGGACCACUGGCAGCAAUACAUUGUUGCUACGAGGAGUUUAUUGCAGAGAAGGUGGGAUCGGCUGAGGGAGGCACUGGUGAAGGAGAUCAACCUGGAAAGUGUUUGGGUGAAUCCUAGAACGGGAACCAAAGGCAGGGAAAGACCUGAUCAAACUCCUGGACCAGUAGACAGGGGGAGCCGAACACCAGAGUCUGAUGGGGAGUUCAGAUUUUUUGAGUCCAGAGUGACAUUGGAAACGUUCCUCCAAGAAUGUGCUGGAAAAGUGACCGUCAUCGUUGGCCAGGCUGGAUCAGGAAAAACUCUUCUCAUGUCCCACUUAGGGCAGCAGUGGGCCUGCGGUCUAGGCCCAAUCCCAUCAUCCUCUCUGUUCGUCCUGCUCGAGUUCCGUCAGCUCAAUCUUCUGUCCAGCCCUCGGUCGCUCUCGGAGUUGCUGUUCCACUGCUACCUCCCUCCAGAUGAUGGCGACUGUGAAAAGAGUGCUAUUGUGAAUUACCUCUUGGCGAAUCCAGGACAAAGCUGUUGGGUUCUGGAUGGAUACGAUGAGUUUUACAGUAAACUCAGCAAACAGGAAGUGAACCGGGAUCAGUUAGACCCAGAAACCUCUCUUCCUGUCGCAGACCUGAUCACAGCACUUCUGAGCCGUCAGCUUCUCCCAGGAUGCACUGUGUUGGUAACCUGUCGCCUCCGUGACGUGGUGGACUUGGAAGCCGUGUCGGAUAAAGUCGGGCAGCUGGUGGAAUGGGAGCGUCCGGAGAUCGAGGAGUAUGUGGACAGUUUCUUUGAGGCAAAAGGCGACUCAGCGAGCAGAGCACUGGGACCACAGGCUGCAGAUCUUCUUCUGUCAGAUCAACACCUUCUCGCCAUGGCCAGCGUCCCAGUCCUCUGCAACAUCUGCUGCAUUUGUCUGAAGCAUCUUUUAGAGAGAGAGCGAGACCAGAGGGCAAAACAACAAUCCAGAGAAGGGGAGACGGAAGGAGAAGCAUCCGGAUUAGACCCAGAGAAUAGAGUCAGAAGAGCAAAGCGUUCAGUAAAAAUAAAAUCAGAAGGUGACGUCAGUAGACCUGCUAACAGCACAAAACCACCACGCACACGAACCCUGAUACCCUCAACCCUGACCCAGGUCUACCUCACUCUGAUUUGUGCGUUUCUGAGCCGCGAUAAAGAAAAAGAAUCAAACGUGGAGAAGAGCAAAACACAAAGUUGUGUCAGUGGCCUCUCCGCUCUGAGUCUGCGUGGAUCUGAACUGUCCGAACUCAGUCAACUGGCCUGGAAGGGUUUAGAAGAAAGCAAGAUCCUCUUCUUGAAAGAAGAUAUUGAUCCAAAGAUUUUGGAGUUUUCAGUCAAGACAGGAAUUCUCUCCCAGGUGGAGCUCAGGCUCCAGAAUGGGAGAGUUGACACCGGCUACUGUUUCAUUCAUCUGACAAUUCAGGAAUUUUUAGCCGCACUCAGAAUAAUGACCAGUAGUGAUGUCAUCGAUGCAGAACUGAGGAAUAGAGUGGGUCUGAAAACCCGCUGGACGACCAGGUCGGACCAGAGGACGGUCUUCACUGACUCCCUGCACCUGUUUUUAUGCGGCCUGGCAUCAAAAGACUGCACCGCGGCCUUAGUGGACCUAGCCCAAGGUUCUGGUCGAGCAGGAGUCCAAAACUGGGUCCUACAACGACAAGCACUUGUUCUGAAACUACUGAAAAACCUUUGCAGCAACAACACUUUGACUGGACCCAAGAUACUGGACCUCUGCCACUGUAUCCAAGAGAGCCAGGACCAGAAACUGGCCAGCACAGUUCUUGGUACCAGGUCCAGCGUGGAGCUGCGUAACAUCCGUCUGUCUCCCAAAGACAUCAACGCUCUGGCUUUUGCAGUGAACUCUGUGGGAGAGAAAGGCGUAGGGUUGGAUUUCGGAUCGUGCUCCAUGGAGCUGGAGUGUUUGGAUUUACUGCAGAGGUGUCGGUACCUGCAGCACCUGAGCUUCAGGAGUCGCAGAUAUGACGACAGGUUUGCCGAGAAGUUGUCCUCCAUACUGCCUAAUCUCCCUGCCCUGAGAAAACUUGACUUUUGUGGAGCCAGUCUGACCUCCGCAGGAGCGGCCAGUUUGGCUUCUGCUUUGGAGAAGUGUCUUCACAUCACCGACGUCAAUGUGAGCGACAACAGUCUGAGGGACGACGGGAUCAGAGUCAUCGCUGACGUCUUUGACAAACUACCGGGACUGAUGUCUGUAAAGUUGAGUCGGAACAACAGCUCCUUGAAAACGCUGAACUUCCUCAUUGGGAAAAUGUCCUCGUGCUCGAACGUCCAGGAUAUUCACGCAGAUGCAGUCAAAGAAUUGACAGUAAGAUUCUGCCCAAAGUCAAAUAAUGACAGCCAUCAGAACACUGAACCAACGGUCAGCUUAUUAAACCAAAAAUGGAGCAAGACUGAGAUGCAAAACAUUGCCCAGUCAUUGGUGCGUUGCUCCACCUUAUCCGUCCUGGAUUUGUCUGGUGGCUCCUGGACUGUGGAAAUCCUGGAGACGCUGACACGGUUUCUGCCAAAGUUCAGCGUCAGCAACAAGAUCAUGCUGAAUGACAGCUGUCCCUCCGUGGACGGCCUCAUAGUUCUGACCACUCUGCUGUCCAAAUGUCCAGCAGUGAAGGAGCUUCAUAUCAGACUGAAGUCUGGUCUAGACCCUGCCCAGGUGACUGUCGUGUUCCCUGGAGGAAGCAGGAAACCUGCAGAGACCAGAACACUCUGUCUCAGUGGCUGUGGGUUGCAGCACACACACCUGGAGCGGCUGUGGAAGAGUCUGGGGAAAUCCUGUGAUGUCACCGAGUUGGAUUUGUCCAGCAACUGUUUGAGAAACAGAGGUCUGCAGAUGUUGCUGGAUGUUCUGCCUCGUCUCAGCAACAUCCAAGAAAUCAAUGUCAGUAACAAUGGGAUUGACAUGGAGGGCGUGGCAGCGUUGGCCCAAACUCUGAGCUCGUACGUCAGUUUGAGUGAAGUUGACAUCAGUGAUGAAGGCGGGAAGCAGGUGAUGAUGAAGUUCCGCUCCGACAGAAGUGAUGACAAACAGAAACUCAAGCUGUUCAGGAUAACCCACAGCAGCCUCCGCCCCUCUGAUGUAACCACACUCUGCAGGAAGUUGGCCUCCUGCAGGUCUGAACUGGAGCUGCAUUUGUCUCGCUGUUCGUUGAAGGAUGCAGCCGUCAAGAGUCUCCUCCGGAUGAUUCCUAAGAUGACGUCGCUGCAGAGGAUCGAUAUCAGCAACAGCGUCUCAUCACCGUCUGAGGCCCUGACCUUUGUCAGCUGUUUAAAGAUCUGUCAUCGCAUCUCAUCUGUGGAGCUCAGGCCUGGAGGUGAAUGCUCCAUCAUCUUGAAACCAGUGAAGGCAGAACAAACCAGCUGCAGUUUUACUCAGUUUCACCUGAACGAAGACAACGUGAAGGAACUGACUGAGAUCCUGCAGCAGGGUCCGCAGCUCUCUUAUUUGGAUUUGUCAAAUAAUCAACUUGGGGACGAAGAAGUAAAGUGUGUCAUGGAUUCACUGCCGAGGCUCAACAUCAGCUGCUUCGUCAAUCUGAGCAACAACAGGCUGACCCAGCAGGGACUGUUGGACGUGGUACAAACAAUGUGCACCUACGAAAACAUCUCCAGUGUGGAAAUCAGUAUUGAAGAGGAGGCCAGGUGUCUCCUCUUGUUCUGUCAACAGAAUGUUUGUGAGAAGACUCUGAGCAUUAAGGAAAGCAGUUUGAGAAGCGAACAUCUGACCAGAUUGUCAGAGAUCGUGUCCCACUGUCCCUCACUGACAACACUUGAAUUAAAAAACAAUUCACUGCAGCCAGAGUGGAUCGAAGACCUCAUGGAAGAGUUGACUGUUGGUCCGAGAGGAUGUCGCGUCAGUAUUCAGGAGAGUUGGAUGAGAGCUGGUGAAGCCGUCAGUCUGCUGUGUCGCUGUCUGGAGCUCAGCAGCAACAUCCAGAAGAUCAGGGUGAACCAGUCUGUACUGGAGCUGUGUCUGAUGAAACCUUCGGGACUGACUUCAUUCAGCCUUGUGGACUGUGCUCUUGAGCAACACCAUCUGUCUCCUCUGAUCGCCGUCCUCCAGAGAUGCCUUUCACUGACUGCUUUGGAAUUCUCCAACAACACCGUGGGAACAGAAGGAGUUCCGUGUCUUCUGUCUCUGUUCCCACAACUCACCUCUGUCAGCAUUGUUUCCAACAAGCACUCCUCUGCUGUGGUGGAGGCGCUCCCUGAGACUCUGCUGCGGUCGCUGACUCUCCAGCACUUGAAUCUCUCAGGUCAUGUGAUUGGCGAUGCUGCAGCUCAGAAACUAACCGCUGUGUUGCCACGUUUACGUUCACUCAAUCUAUCUCACUGUUCGUGGUCUGCAGCUGGAGGUCUGCAGCUGCUCUCAGCCCUGACAGACUGUGUUAGUCUGGAAGAACUUUGUCUGGACUCUGUGCAGCUGGACGAAGACGGACUGAUGUGUCUGUCACAUGUACUGAGGAGUUUCAGCUGCGUUCGAAGUCUUAGGCUGAACGAGAUCGUUACAUCGGUGGGAACAUCUGACAUCCAGACUGUGUUGGAUCUUCUUACAUCUAUGGAAGAUCUGACUCAUGUGGAGGAGUUAGAGUUGAACAGCUGGAGGAUGUCAGACGGAGGUGUGGAGCAGCUGAACAGGCUCCUCCCCCACUGGGGGCGGCUCAGGAAAAUCAGGCUCUCGCAGAACCUUAUUUGUGACCAAUCAGGUGACAGGCUGCUCCAGGCCUUAAACAACUGUGUUCAUCUGGAGGAACUACAGUAAGACAGCGUCUCAACACGUCUUUGUCUCUGUUAUAUUACAGAGUAUCGUUUGUUGAACAUAUGUUUUGGUUGAAACGG